AUGAACCUGGAGAAACAGAUGAACUCCCUCCCAGUUGACGCGGUAUGGGAGAUGGACCGUGUCUGGAAGUGGUUUGAUGAAGAACCGCAAUUACGUGUUGCCAUUAUUACGGGUGCUGGCAAAAAGGCCUUUUGUGCCGGAAUGGAUCUCAAGGAGCGCCAAUCUGGCUUCGAGCAAGGCGAUCUAAGUAUCCCGGGUCAAAACUUAUAUCCUCCCAACGGCUUUGCGGGGAUGACCCGGCGCGUGGGCAAGAAGCCAAUUAUCGCCGCUUGCAACGGUCAUGCUCACGGAGGUGGAUUUGAAAUUAUUCUCAACAGUGACAUCGUCAUUGCAUCCUCUAACGCGGAUUUUCGACUACCCGACGUCCUUCGCGGAACUGCAGCUCUCGAGGGAGCAUUUCCACGACUAUGUCGGAAUUUUACGUUACAGAGAGCUAUGUGGCUAGCGUUAACCGCACAUAAAUUAACAGCCCAGGAAGCUCUGGAUUGGGGUUUGGUUCAGAAGGUUGUGCCAAUUGAAGAAUUAAUCACUGAAACUGUCAAGGUAGCAAAAUUGAUUGCAAGUAUGAGUCCUGAUAGCGUUAUCGUGAGUCGGGCAGGUAUAAGACAGGCAUGGGAGACCAGCAGUGUCGAACAAGCUGCACGCUUGACCGUGGAGAGAUAUGGCAGCGCGUUGUUCGCUGGAGAAAAUGCCAACGAAGGGAUGCUAGCCUUUAAGGAGAGAAGAGCUCCGAAUUGGCUGCCUUCAAAGCUUUAA